AAUACAUAAUAAUUAUUUUCAUCAUUUUUUAUAAUCUCAAUUCAAAAACUUAUUCAUAAAACCCUUAUGAAGGAGCCAUGUUUUCGUUGUAAACGGCCAACUUAUUUCAAUGAUAAAAUAGGCCCAUUAAAAGAUGGAACACUUUUCCAUAAAGGAUGUUUUAAAUGUUGGAUUUGUGGAAGCCGCCUUUCUCUCAACACUUAUUAUAAUAAUAGAAAUGAUACACAAGAUUUAGAGGUAUAUUGUGCAGGCCAUGUACCGACACCUGGACCUCAUCAUCCAAUUCCACACCGAUCUAAUCUAUUAUGGUCUCCAAAAACAAAAGGCGAAUAUCCUCACAAUUUAAUGCGCACGUGA